CGGUCUUCGCGCGCCGAGCUAUCUGGUUGGCACUUGUGUCGAGUCGGGACACUUGUAUUCGAAUUGACGUCGCACGUCUCUCGUUCCUACCUCGUUUUGUCCUCGUGUUUCACGUUGAAUCGCCACUCGCGACAGUUUCAUCGUCGAGUUUUGUGCUCCGUCCGUUUGGAACGCGCGAUCGACGCCGGCAGUUUCUUCGCCAAAUAAGGAAGUUAAGACAGUGCGUUUUUUUGUUGUGAUGUGCAUGAAAUCUACGAGCCACUUCAAGAUGACGAUCGCCUGGGUCUGCCUCAUCGGCAUCUUGUGUUCUACGUCAGUUAAAGGAUUGAAAUCGAACCUGAUCGUGGACAUCGAACCUAAACGACAGACCGCGGUGCGGCUCGGGGAGAGUCUGCAAAUUUUGUGCAGAGUCGGUAGACCACUUCUAGUAUGCCGUGUCGAGAUACCUGGAGAAGCUGGUGGCAUAGUUCUGUCCAAAGGACAGCCACCCGAAGAUGGUAUCGAGUAUUACGGAGAAGGCACCGAGACAGGCCAAUGCGGGGUUAAUAUCGCCAAGAUCAAGGAGAGCCAUGACGGAAUUUUCAAGUGCACUGUAACACCAACCGACAAUCGGGCGGAGGCACAGGCGUCUGUGAGAAUCAUUGUUGCCAAACCCCCGAAGAGUCCUGAACUUCACGCGAGUCCUGGUUCAUACGGCAGAAAUACCUACAGGAAAGGAGAGAAACUGGAAGUGAGUUGCAGCGCGCCAUCCGGACGACCAGCAGCGAACGUUUCCUUAUUCCUUGACGAUGAACCCAUUGGCAACGAGGAGAGACCCACGAUUUACGACUCGAACGUAGACGACAUCUCAUUGGCCGUGCAGAAUGCCACGCGAAGCUUGGAUUGGACCGAUAAUGGCAAAGUUCUUCGUUGCGUUGCAAGUCACAUCGCCCUUGACAGGCCCAAGGAAACGACUAUGCAGUUGCAAGUAUUCUAUCCUCCACAACCGCAGCCAAACAUCGAGCGUUUUGGAUAUGUAAUUGGACGCGAGGGGAUCGUGAACGUGACCGUUUAUGCGAAUCCUAGACCUCACUUCUUAUGGCGAGUAAACGAUGAAAAGAUCGCCGAGGGUCAUCCCGACGAAAGCAACCGAAUCGAAACCUCGACCGCUGUCGAUCUGGGAAGAGGAGCGUGGAGCGUGAUCCUCACGAUCGACAGCGUUCAGAAAUCUGACACGGACAAGGAGUACAUCCUGGAAGCUCGCAACGACGAAGGAGCUUCCGAAUACCGUAUCGUUUUGUCGACUUCCACGGAACCAGCAGACAUUGAUUUAGACGCUGGUUCCAUCAUCGGCAUCGUCGUUGGGGCCCUGGUGCUAAUUCUCAUCGUUUUCCUACUAAUUUUUGCCCGCGCGACUGGACGCUGGUGCUUCGCAGCGAGGCGUCGAGGCGACGAGGAAGCUGCGAGCGGUGUCGGCGCAGGAAGCGAGGCGCACAUCACCCCCGGGGACGAGGACGAAGAGGAUCACGAAGACCCGCGUAUCAUCGACGAGAAAAUGCCGCAGGGUGGCCAGGAGAAUCCGAUACACGCGAGCACGGAAUACGUGAAUGGCCGCACGGACGUCAAGGAGCCGAAGAAGGACGAAAAGACGGACACACCCGUUUAAGGAUGGUUCGUCCUGCGACGAUCGUUCCUUACUCGGACGCGGGAAAAAGCUGUCGACGCUCCUCGAUUCGGUUCGGCGACCCUUUGCGCUGUUUUUUCACGUUGAGAGAUUAUAUUCGCGGUACACAACGCGUUGCUCCAAGAUCGUGGGACGAUUUGAAAUAAUUCCGAUUCGAACAGGAAUCAAUCGCUGGGGCUGAAAUCAUUUUUCUUUCUUUUUUAUAUUUUGUUUACGACGCGUGGAAUUUUAGUUGCAAUCAGACUGCGUUACGCUGUCGGUGCAUGAUCAUCGAGAGCGAUCUAGAUUGGUAGAGUAACACUAGGUUUACGGAGCACCAUAUCAUUUCGACACAUUCCGGAUUACACAUGAAACCUUGCAGAAACCAUUUACAUUUUUCGCCAACCACUUUUGCUGACUUUUAUCCAUACGAAGAGGCAUAAAUCUAAAUUUCUUCACUGAUAGAUAUGGACGCGACUGAAAAGAAAAUUAACGUUAUAAAUGGACCGAGAAUUUUGUGCAAGAAAUUACAAAAUAGUAUGCAAUAAUAUAAAAAAAAAAUAUUGAAAGCAAAACUCAUGUUAUAAUAUUUGGAGAGUAGAAUAAACUUCUGUUCGCGUACAAUUUUUAUAGUUGUGUUUGCAAAGAUUUUAUUUUCAUAAACAUUCGCAGUCUAGUUAUAAAUAUGAAAGAAAACAAUGCAGCAACAAAUUCGAUGAUGAUUAGAACCUUCGUAAAUCUAGUGUUAACUCUUCGGUUCCGAUGGGCAGCUUUUUGUUUGGCAUACGAUGUGAAAAGAUUGGUAGCUUGCUGGAUCGAGUGCGUUCCGGGGAGCAAUUUAACGUCUAUUUCGAUACUUUUAUUCGCGAAACGAUCGCUCGAAGCUCUGAUUUGUUUUGCGUUUUAUUCUUUUAUUUUUAUUUUCUUCGUAAAUUUUCUUUAUUUCUAGAUUUUGGAUAGAGAUAGAAGUUAAGAGAAUUACUAUAGGAACUGGAGGGUUGAAUAACAUGUUUUGAAUUUAUUGAACGAUGAUCACUCAUCGCGGUGUAGUUAGCUAAUUAUUAUUUAGUAAUAUCUAAUCUCCCUGGCUAAAAGUCUUUACUUAUUAGAAUUUUAACGAUUAUAUCGAGAUCUGAUACUGUACAAAUAUCACUCUUUUUAUUUAUUAUUUUCUAUCGGUAGACUACCGAAGAUCUGAUCUUGCAUCUUGACUUUUCGUAAUGUUUUUACUUUAACGUUUUUUAUUUUAAUAUCUUUUGUAUGGGUUCGAAUGGAACUCGGUGGUUUCGUUUGAUUUAUUAGCGACAUUUUAUUGUUGAUUGUAAAAUUACAAUUCGACCCCUUGCAGAAUAAAAAAAGAUUUCUUUCUCUUUCGAAUUGGAAAUAAAAUUACACAACAAAUAAUGUAUGCUAUGCCAUACGUGUAGAGUACUUAAAAGUAACCCUUUUGUGCAAUUAGAUACAGUGAAGAUUCUUCAUUUUCACUGCACAUUAAUCUAUUUUAUUGCAAAUAUAAUGAAGUUGCAAGCAAAAUAUAAAUUGAGCAGAACUGUGAUGCAAAUUGGUUUGCAUUACAAUGUUACGUAUUCUAUCAGUAUAUUUUAAGAACUAUAUCAUGGACAUGAAGGGGUUAAGGAAGCUAGGAUAAAUAUAAUUCGAUGUUUCCUUCCUAAUCUAGACCUACAAGGAAUCGAAACGUUCAAUUUUCGGAACAAAAAAUCGCUAAUGAAACAAACGAAGCCACCCAACUCAAUUUAUAUUAGUUUUAUCUCAAGAUAGUUAGACAUUUGUGUCUAUAUAUCCCAGUGAAAGCGACAAGUAUUCGAGGACAUGUUUCGUCGACCUUCGUACUCAGGCUACUUCGAUCCAACGUAUCUUGGAGACACGUGCAUCGGUACGCAUCACCCUCCAAUAUUAUUUUUAAACUUAAUUAUUAUUUUAGCGACAGCGUUCUUAAGCAUAACAUAUUCUUUCGCAUUAUUUAUCGGGUUAGUCGAAACCAGAAUUGGACAGGCAUCAUUGAUUGCCAGAUGAUAAACUACGUUUGCAAUUUACAAUCGUAGAUCAGGAGAUUCUAAUCAUUCCCAGAUGAUCGCGUCCAACCGAUCAUUCAUCGUCAACAUCAUGCUGACAGACUGUUACAAGCCAAAACCAUUAUUAACGCUUAUUUUUCCACAGUUGAAUGCGAAACAGAAACGUCCAUUUGAACUUGAAGGCACUUUAUUUAUUACGAGUAAAAAUUAAUUUUAACUCAAGCAUUAUAAUAAUUUCAACAAGGUGUUAAUCAUGGUUAGCGAAACGUCGAUGCGAUCGUCAAUUCCAUUUUGUCCAAAAACUGGAGAAGCCUAGCCCGACCCGCGAGAGUGCAAAGGGUCACAAAACUCGUUGUCAGCGAGGAUCACGAGUACACGUGUUCCUCUCUCGCCUCGAAUCUCAAUAGUUUAAGGAGGAACGAGUCUCGCAAUCAGUGCGUAUUUAUUUUAAACGACUCACGUUCAGUAUUUUCCGAAGGGGUAGCGAAAGGGACCUUUCGUUCGAGACGAAAAGGACGAGACUGAUUCCCGUUGGAUCAGGAUCAGGAUCAGCUCUUCGCUUCCUCACUUUUCUUUAUACGAUUUCGUCUCUUCGAUGGCAGCUGCGCGUAGCCUGAAACCACGAUCGUGUUGCAAACGUCAAAAUUGACUCAGGCUCUCGACUUUUCCUCGCGAACAAAUUUCUGAAUGUCUGGAUAAAAGUUCUCGACCAGAGAUGGGCAGAAUUUUAUUCGAAUCACGAACAAAGUGUACAUCCAUCUUUUGUGCAUACAAAAUAACUAUAUCCGAAUAACGUAAAUUAUAUAGUAAUCGAAAUUAAAUACACAACGACUUAAGAGUGCAAUUAAUUUUAUUUUGUGAACGACAAUCUUAUACAAGAUGAUAUCAGAAAUACCUGCUUCGAUGAUCAAGAUGUUUUUAAUUCUUAGAGUUCGUUCUAUAGUGCAUCUAUAGAUCACUGAAAUUUUUGCUCUAUCACUCGGAAAUAAUUCGAUAGAUUUCACACGUUGUUCGAUAUUCGAAGUUUUCAUCUAGAUGAGAAUUUUGUCUGUCUUUACGCCGAGACUUUUGGACGAGGGGAAAUCGACGGUUUGAUCGAUGCCAUAGUCGCGUGAAUUCUCCGCUCAUCGACGAUAGAGAACGAUCCCUCGAUGCCUCGACACUGCGCGCAAAAAUUCCCUCUCCUUUUGUCACGGUGUAAGUUUUGUAAAUAGAAGUUUCGAAAGCGACGCGCCCGUCGUUAUGAGCCUGGCGGGAUUUCCGCCGCCAUCUUUCCUUCGCGGGAGGAUCACAACGGGGAAAUUCGCUUGGGUCAAGAUAUUUACACACUACUAAUACAACUGUACGUCGUUCGAUCGUUAAUUUUUCGAGGACCAUCGGCUAAGAAACAAAAUUUUGAUAAAUACUUUGAUAGUUCAAGUAAUGCUCUAGCAUAUAGUCUGUCUAACGUUUUGUUUAAUCAUAAACGACGUUAUUUUGAUCUACAAGAAUGCAGUAUAACGAAUAUAAAUUAAAAGCAUGCAGAUUGUAAAAGUGGUUAGUAGAAACGAAAUUUGUUGAAACGAACCCAACAAAAAUAUGUUCUUUCUCCCAAAAAGAGGAACUGAUCGUCCUCUUAUCCAAUGUCAUUCUUCAAGAACACGUGAAUGCAAAUCAAAAGUAUAGAUGUUGUAAAUGUGGUUAGCGGAGUAAACUUAUGAUAUAUAAAAUUGGUUGAGAAGAAUACAUGCAUAUGUUCUUGUUCCCGGGAGAUGGAACUGGUUUGCUUCUAUCCAACCAUCGUUGGCAAAUUAUUUAUUACUAAAGUUAACGAAUAUAUGGCUUGGUAGACCAAAUUACAUUGUUAUUUUUAUACAUUUCCAAACCAAACAAUUGGUUUGCUUUAAUUUUAUUAUUCGUUAAACGUUUCGUAAACGUCGAGAGGGGCAAAAUUCUAUUCGAAUAAUAGACGACGAAUAAACCGCUGCAUAACGAUUUAUUCGCCAAUUUUAUUCGAAAAAUUACACGAAAGUAUUUGUAUUGUCUCGCCGUGGAGUAAAAUUUCAUUCUGUAACUAAAAUUCGAAUUUUUAUUCAACAAUUCACUCUUCAUUCGUUAUUCGAAAUGUCGAUCAAUUUGAAAGAAAUUGUGCUCGUCUCGAAGCGAGCGUACGUUCCAUCGAUCGAAUAAAAAAAAAGGCAUAUUUAUUCGUGUCAUCGUACGAUCAGCCGCAGGACCUCGAAGAGUUAAUCGAUCAAGAGAUCACUAAGGUAUAUCGUUAAGUAACACGUGUUUACGAGCUGUCCUUAAAUUGUACUACUCUAGGAGAAGAUAGUCGAUUCUUAAGUAAGACUUUCGUACGAAUUCUUGGAACUUUCCACGCGAUCAGGUUCGCUCCCGUGAUAGGGAACGACGAUCUAGGGAUUCGAGUAUCGAGAUCGAGACCGUCGAUCGUCGACAGUCAUCGUCCUCGUUCCGUCACUCAUUAACGCAACUUCUGAUAAUUAUUAACGAAGCAAUUAACGGACUGGUAGUCGUGUGUAAUUUUCAAAAGAUCCAUAGCUGGCUAUCGCUGAAUUCUGACACCAGAAUUUUAAUAGAAACGAGAAUAUAUAAUGUCAUGAUUGUUGCCAUUUUGUUGUCUGAAAUUUAACAAAAUUUAUUUAAUACAUUUAACUCUUUGCGCAUUUUUUGCAACAUUUUACAACACAGACUAAAGUGACUUCAUCCAGUGCAUGGAUUUCAUUUUAAUUCAACGAAUCGUUACAUAUGUAUUGUGGAUAUCAAUGUGGAUAUGUAUUGUUGUUUUAUGGUAAUGACUUCUAAAGAAUGUCACGAUAUACGUUGAAUAGCGUAACUCUGUGUUAAUUAGCAUGUCUAGACACCGUUUGCAAAGGGUUAAAAAAAACUGUUAAAUAAAGCAGUCACACCCGCACCUGCCACUACUUAAGUCGAGACAUCUGUAUUGUAAAAACAAGUCCGAAGCAUUACUUUAUAAACGUCUGUAAUUAUGUAUACCAAACAUAAAAACAACUACUUCGCUGUGAACAUAAAACGACAAAGUUACAUUAUCGUCAAUCGGAUGCGAAUGAAAAAAAAGAAAAAAAUUGAUCGUAAAAUUAUGUAAGCGUUAAUCAGCUAUGGAUUCGAAAAACAAGCAUAAAAAUUACGCCAGCGGCUGCGAAUUCGUUAAAUGAUCAACCACGAGAGGACGAGAUCUGUUCUCCGUGAAGGGAAAUCUAACGUCGAACAAAUCAAAUUUGUCUGUAGCCGAGUGUUUUUCUAAUGGACGCAUCAACGUUGAAGAGGCGAUAGGAGGGGGAGAGAGUGAAUAUAGAAGAGAAAUAUAUAUCCUAGAUCGAAUUGCGCGCGCACGACGAACAGGAAUCUCUCCCACGGUUCGCGAAUUCCUUUCUAACGUUUCCCUGUGUUUUCAGAAAUUUAUUUCGAAAAUGCCGCGACGCUGAUAAAUCGUCCCGAUCGCUAAAAGGUAUCGGAACGGUAUAUACAACGCGCGACAGAGUAUGGAAAUUUUUCCGGCCAAGAAUAUCUCGCGAAGCUUUUAGAUAGCGUUGUUCUACGUAUCGACAGGAAUGAAUUAUUAUCGCGGGGAAACGACUGGCGACCUGCACGCGCGAGGAAAAUCUAUUAAUAUUGCGCCGUUACCACGUUCGAAGACAAACGAACGCAUUCCAUGAUGUUGCUUUCGUUACCAACUGGUUUUUUUUUUUUAUCAGAACACACGUGCUGAUCGACGUGUGAUCGUAUCGACUCUUUUUUUUUUGUAAUUUACCACGUCCCUCGGACAGUAUUAUUCGCAUGGAAGCGACACGGUAGCCCGAAACACAUGGCUAUCUCUUUCAGUUUCGAUUUUGAGGGGGUUGGCGACCCCUUCGUUACGCAACAAUUUUUCAGCGUACUUGGUACGCGUUGCAUCAUGAAACAAUUCGUCGAGAAUUUCUUUACCGCGAAUUUUUUUGAUAAUUCUCUGCGAUCGUGUCGCGAAUUUUCUACUUAUAAUUUCUUUUAUAUAACCACCAUAUCUGGAUGAAAAUUGUUAAACCUUCGCGAGGUUCGAUAGGAUGUCCUUAGAAUCUAGACACAUAGAGAUUAAGGAAAAGUCGUAUUUGAUAUGUGGACGAAAAAUGAUUGUAAUUAAUGAUAUUUCCUAUGUGUUCAGACUUUAGGGACACCCUGUAGAUAAGAUGAAUUGCGAAGAAUCAUUCUUUCCCCUCAUCGCUUCGUCGGUGUCUCAGUGAAUUGUUCAAACGUUGAAUCGCUUUUCAACCAACUUUUUUAUUAAGGAUAGCAGAACGUUCGAUUUUUACCAAUCGUUUUUAACCGUUUUUAUUGAGAAUUAUAGAACGUUCGAUUAUUGCAAAUUUUAUAUAACGAGACCUUUUCGUCCCGUAUAAAGUGCACAAUGUAUGCCCGGGUGUUCAUAUAAAAAAAAAGAAAUUCGUGCAAGCGUCUAUGUGGGUAUCGUGGAUAUCACGCUAUUGAACUCGAGGGAGUAAGGCCAAAUUUCAAAUAGAAGGGUUAACACUGCCGAUUAAAACCUCGUCGUGCCCAGCGAUCGUGUUCUCGUUUUAACGAUUUAACCCUCUGUGACCCAAAUCAUGGUUCGAAGAAAAGUUCUGAAAAUAGUUAUGCGAUAGAAGCAUUCACGAACACUAAGCGUCGUCAACCGGAGUCUGAUGGCGCGGCCCUUAGACAGGGAGGUAGACGAAAAUUGAUCGCUUCUAUGUUCCCCUACUCUGGUGUGAGAGACUGUGAAAUAAUUUUUGUGAACAGAUUAUACGUAGCUGAUACUAUUCAUUUAUGAAUGAUAAGUAUCGAUAGUAAGAUGAGAUAGUGUUUCAAAAAUACAUAGGGGGUUUAAUCGUAAGCCGCGAUCAGUAUUUUCAUUUCUUAGUCAGAAUCGCGUCCAUCCAUCGCGCAUCUUUUUUAUAUACUCGUGUCACGACGAAGACUGGAAACAUUCCUCACGCAUUCAGAUUUUUUUUACCGAGAAAACACUUUUUUUUAGAAUGAAUUUUAUAUCACGAACGAUACACCUAUGAAUUCAUCGAGAUAUCCUACGACCAACGUUGGGCAAAUUUUUAAUCAAAAUAACGAUUGACGCAUACGAUUGUAAUGGAUGAUCGUAAUUCGUUAAUCGUUGUUCAUCGGUAACUUCCGAGUCGAAAAUUUCUUUUCUACGUGUACAAACAAUUUAACUGUUUAAGAAUAUUUUGUGAAAAAAAAUGAAAUUUUCUUCUUUGCUGUUAUGUGUAAUCAAUAAAAAGUGAUACAAUUAACGAGUUUGUUGGACUUUGUAGAGAAUAGAUAUUUUAUUAUUAUUUUUGUUUUGUUCAAUACCUUGCAUUUUUUUUUUAUUGUGAAAUUGUUGCGAAGUACAACUUUCAUAGUCGAAAAUUUAUUUCUCUACUUUGGAAUAACUUGUCUCAUUUUUAUUGGAUGACUUCAUUAUUUCGUCAACUUUAAACAGAAAUCUUUAGAAAUAUAUUGCUAAAUAGAUACAUUGUUUAAUUAUGUAAAAAAGAAAUUUUCGACGACUUUAACUCGAUAUCACUGACGAAUAACCCUUAAUUUAAUCAAUGAUGGUCAAAAGCGAUAGACUAAUAAUUCUAACGACUGAUUUUUCAAUCGUGUCACGUUACUUGAUCAAUUAGUUGAGAAGAAUUAGUCGAUUCUUUUCCAAAAAUGUUUACGAACAAUGACGCCACAUUUCACAGACGUUUCAACCCUCUAUAGUCCAAAUUAUAUCUGACUUCUCAACAAAAUAACACAUUGGUAAUUAAAAAUAUCUGAUUGCGGUUGUAGAGGGUUUGUCUAAGAUUUCUCGUGCGAUCCACGCGAAUCGUUCCAUCCGCAGUAGUCGAAACGACGAAUAGUCAGACACUUUGGCAGCUGCAUUUCGGACGAAGAAUUUGUCCAUUAAGCGUUCGCUCGUCGCUCAGACAGUGUCUCGUGUUUUCCCUCUCCUUCACGACGGAAACAGUAUUUGCAAGUAUUUUCACGUUAACGACUUUUUAAUGAGAUUACAAGGGACGCGCUCCGUUUUCCAUCGCGCCCGUCCUGGCGUCUCGAAGCCCCGUUCUUGUGCGUCAUCAACCUUGCGAUCGAUAUCUGUUUUUCCCUUCAUUGACAUACGAGAUAGACGUUUAUAGGUUU